AUGUGUGUAGAACAAGAAGUUCGUUGCACUGGCUGUAACGAAUCAAGCACUAGCGUUUACAUCUGUUCGAGGCUCAAGAGAUGGCAGAGAAGUCACAAGAAGAUAAUCAGCCAUAGACGAUGUGGAGAUUUCAGUAUAUCUCUGCCAAGAAAGCAAAGUAGUCUUGCUCACAUGGAUUGUCCCAUUCGACCUGAACAAGAGUAUAUCGAUUAUCAUAAUGAGGAAGCUUUCAUACAGGAUAUGGGACAUGGUAAAAUGGGUGGAAUUUGUGCUGCAUAUGAAGUUAUUGGUUGA